GGUUUCUCCUCAACAGCUUCAGACCCAAGCGCUCUCCCCAGCUUCCUUCUUCCCCCCGACGCAGUCUCACCACUAAACCACCUGUCAGGAUGCCUCGCACUGCUGAGACCGCUAGUUACAAGUUCAAUCACACGAUGAUUCGUGUCAAGGACCCCAAGUUGUCGCUCAAGUUCUACUGCGACGUACUCGGCAUGGAUGUUAUCUCUGAAAAAAACAUGGGCGAUUUUACGCUGUACUUCCUCGGAUACGACCAUGACAACAGCAUGGAGCUGUUACCUGAAGAAAGGGAAAAGAAGCGAUUCAACCGCGAAGGGAUCUUGGAACUCACACACAACCACGGAACCGAGUCCGAUGCCAGCUUCCAAGGCUACUCCAGCGGCAAUUCUGACCCCGGCAGAGGUUUCGGCCAUAUCGCCAUAACCGUGGACAACAUCGAAGAGGCUUGCGCGAGGCUUGAGAGCCUCGGUGUUCCUUUCAAGAAACGGCUCACCGAUGGCAAGAUGAAGAACAUUGCAUUCAUCCUCGACCCUGAUGGCUACUGGGUCGAGAUCGUUCCUGGCGCUAUCAAGUUGUAAGCCCAUUUUAGCUGUGUUUUGGAAGACGUGGAGUUGAGAAGUGAAAAAGGAGUCAAUUGUAAGCUGUACGAGUAACUGAAUGCCAUAGUAGUCUUGUAAAGCUGUGUACCUCGAAUGAACUGGAUUGUGCUG